AUGGAAGAUAUUCUUGUUGUUCAUCGACAGAAUGAAAUCAAUGAACAUCCACCAAUUGAGGCAACAACAACGAUGAAUUUAUUAGCAGCUGAAAAUACUAAACAAAUAAAAGAAGAUAGCAAUGAUGAAAAUGAAACACUAAAAGGAAUGGAUGAAAAAUGCAUAUUAGAAGUAUUUUCAACGGAAUUAAUGAAUGGGCCACCGCCAGCAUAUUCACUUACUAAUCCAUGCUUACCACCAAAUAGUCUACGAGAACAAGAUUGGCCAUCUAUAUCGCCAUUAUAUUUUGAUGGCUAUCCACCGUAUCCAGCUGGUCCACCACUACUCAAAGUUGCUUAUCCAAAAGAUAUCCCCGGUCCAACAUAUGCUUGUCCAAAAUGUGACGGAAGAUUUUUGUACUACAGACCAGCUGGUAUAGUGCAAUGUCCAUUUUGUCAUUCUGCAAUUUCUAUUGGUCGCUAUGUAUGUUUGAUAAAAUAUUUUGGCUGA